GCACCGUUCAACAUUGUGUCCUACAUGGUAGCUGGUACUUGGUCCAGAUGCCGCCCUCAUUCACACCAGACCUCCGCACCCUCAAAUCUGCGUUAUCCAUUAUCUCCAAUCAUACUUGAGCUCUUUCUGUUGUAAGGCCAGCCUCGGCACUGCAACAUGCUCUCCUUCGAUCAGCGACGGGACUGGGCCAUAUGGCACAUAUAGUCAGCAUGCCCCCAACUCCCCAGUCUUUGCACGUUAAUUCGCUGGGCUUUUCAUGCUUGGCGGGGCUUGGCGCACCUCCCACUUUCUGCCUAAUCUCGAAGAAACGCGCAUCGUUUUCGCCAGUGAAUCAAUCUCACAUGGAUAACCCGUCCUUCUAGGCGCUAUAGAUUGUAUGCUGAUGCUCUGGGACAACGUGGGCUGAAGACUAUCUCGCUCUGCACGCAUGUGUUGCUUCGCAUGCGUAUCCUGCAGGAGACAGUACUUAUAUCCAAGGGCUAAGACUGCCUGUGCUUCAGCCGCUUUCCGCUUUCCGCUCGAGUCUCCAUGGUCUCCUUCCCCAAGUGCUUUACUUCGAUUGUGGCCCUCGCUGCGCUUGGGACACCGGCUCUUGGUGCUCUCCCGACCCCAGUGUCGGUUGCAAUGGCAAAAAGCUACCUUGGACAGCUCAAGGUGGCUGUCGACAGCAACGUGCCAGCGUACGCGCGCAGUCAGUUCAAGUUGUGGGAUACCAUUUCUGGCAACUGCAACACCCGUGAAACUGUGCUCAUUCGGGAUGGGACGAAUGUUGUGACGAGCUCAGCUUGCGCAGCCACCUCUGGCAACUGGGUCAGUCCUUACGAUGGUGUAGCUACAACCCUUGCCAGCGAUCUGGACAUUGACCAUCUUGUACCUCUGAAAGAGGCUUGGGUCUCCGGGGCCCGUGACUGGACACCCGCCCAACGAGAAGCCUUUGCAAACGAUCUCACGAGACCACAGUUGGUUGCAGUUACCGAUAACUUGAAUCAAGCCAAGGGAGACAAAGGUGUGUUGCCCGAGAUCAACAUCGGAUGGAAUGCUGAUUGGAGGCAGAUCCCGCGUCGUUUGUUCCUCCUCUUGCAAGUUAUGUCUGCACUUAUGUGCGCGCCUGGAUCGAAGUGGCUUCCAUCAACAUCGGUGCUGGACCGUGCCGGAGAGCAGCAGCUUGGCGGCUUCCGACCUUCUCAUCCCCGCAAGACGCUGAAUGCGGGAACAACAGAUUGCAUAUGGGUCAACUCUCAAAGCAACUUAUCGCCGGCAGACCCAGUGUUGAUAUCUGCAUCCACUCAACGUGGGUCGGGGGCACUAUCUGACUGUUUUCAUGCGCGUCCAACGCUGGUCAUUCUAUCGAUGGUCUCUUUCCCCAAGCAUCUUACCGCAGUUGUUUUGCUCGCGGUGCUCGGCACCCCUGCUCUGGCCGCGCUCCCGACUCCGGUCUCGGUUGCCACAGCUAAAACGUAUCUGAGCCAGCUCAAAGUGGCGGUGGACAGCAACUCGCCAGCAUACGCUCGCACGGAAUUCAAGACCUGGGACACGAUCUCCGGAAAUUGCGACACGCGCGAAACUGUUCUGAUUCGGGAUGGGACCAAUGUCGUGACGAACUCCGCUUGUGCAGCUACUUCAGGCCACUGGGUCAGUCCGUACGACGGCGUUGCGACGACACUUGCAAGUGAUCUGGACAUCGCCUGGCUAUCCGGGGCCCGUGACUGGACUGCAGCGCAGCGUGAAUCUUACGCGAACGAUCUCACUAGACCGCAGCUCGUCGCCAUCACUGACAACCUCAAUGAAUCCAAGGGUGAUAGAGACGUUGCAUCGUUUGUCCCCCCUCUGGCUAGCUACGUCUGCACUUACAUUCGGGCCUGGAUCGAAGUGAAACACUUUUACAACCUGACCAUCGACUCUGCCGAGAGCACAGCCUUGCAUAGUUACAUCAACGGGUGCUAAAGAGAAAUGUAUUCAGUGUAUCAGGUGUAAACAUAUCAAUCGACCUCGUUAAGUAACACGUCGCGCGCGUCCAGUGACGAAACACAGGCCCAAACGGAACGUGACUGGCACGACGACUCGUGAGACCGGGACACCCCUUCCACAGAGGUCCUACUCCAGAUGAAUUUCUCACGCUUAGUCUGACAUCUCAAGUCAACGUUUCGCACGUUGCAUCCUUCAGACGGAAGGACACGUCAGGAUUGAUUGUGACUAUCCACUUACGUAAACGUUAGUCACAUGACAACAAUUGUGGGCGGCCAAACAAGACACAAGCAAAUUCCAAUUGUCUCUGAACGCAUUGUUACAUCUCAAUUGUUCGGUCAACUACUUAAUGGCGGCAACCAUGUCUGAACGCCCAUUCUGGCACACUCUCUUCUUCGCUCAUGCCCCGCCCACUUCCUAAUGCCCCUUCUACCUCUGCCUCCGACGUGAAGUCGGCUUGGUCGGCGCCCUCUACUCCAUUAACGUUUGUUGUGAACUUCUCGGUGCCGCCGUCUAGUCCACGUCUUCUGAAGGCCCGUCGCCGCGAUUGCCAUAUAUUUCCGCACUCUGCCUCCUCAUCUACGACAUCCUUGGAGUCCGUUUCGACUCGCAACGAGGGCAUCCAGUCGGCAGAGUUCUGGAUCUCUCCAUCAGACCCACCGUCAGACGCUUCACCAGGCCAUGUCACUCCUCAGACCAGGCCGAAGCCGUUGCGGCCUAAGCCUGCUGAUAUUAUCAUACCUCACAAAUCUGCACCGCCGGCCAUUCUGUCCCCGGAGACACCUGCUGCGUUGUCGACUGCGAUCGAACAUCAUAUGCGGUCACCGCUUUCUCCGUUGUCACCUUUCCUCCCUCAGUCUCCGGUCCAGUCGCCCAACGCUCGCAUUCGGAAAAUUGCCAAACUCAAGCGCACUUUGGGCGAGAACGUUCCAAUCGAGCUGGUGUUCCCUGAUCAUCGCCAGGCUCAGACCCCAAGAAACGUGGAGGCGGCUAUGGCGAACGGCGCGAAGCAACCCCGAAAGCGGCGUCUGGCCUUGUUUCGCAAUCGCGAGCCAGCGCCUGCCUCGACUGAGGCGGAAUGGCCUUUGACACCGACUCCUGACUGGGUUGUCGAUGCUGAAGCUCACGCAAAGACGGCUGUUGGUCUUCAUUAUGCUCUCGGAAUGGACUCGUUCCCCAGGCGCUCCGCGGCGCUGCCCCCCUCGACUGCGGAGGGUCCAGCAUCGCCAGGGCCGUUCUCGGCCAUGUUCAAUAUCGAUGACGCUUCUUGGGAGCGCGCACGACAAGCUGUCAUGGGUUCUCGGCGUCAGCAGAAGAAGAACCUUGCUGUACCCGUCCUGGACAAAGCACCGCCGCGCAGUGGUCUUGGAGUCUGGCGCAAGAAAGAAAACACCUGGAGUGGCGAAUGGAAUGUUGAGAAUAUGGAAGAGCUUCACGUUCGCUUGCGCCGGCUCAAGUGAACGGACGCUUUCGUCUAACGAACGAACGAUACAUAUAUGAUUACAACGCUCAACGAAACUGCAAUUGUUCUCCUUAUCAUUUCCUAUCUGUAGCCCCCUAGUUUAUAUCUCUCCUUUAAUGAACUGUAGUAUACCCUUGUAGCACAUCGUAGUCUUGAAUCCAUC